UUCAAAGAUGGCUGCCUGAAGAAAACAUCAAACUUCCCUCAGUACUUGAUGAUAUGGGGCUGCCUGUCAGGAAAAAGCACUGGGAAGAUGGCCGUGGUUAAAUCUUCAAUAGAUGCACAAGUUUACAUAGAAAUUUUAGACAGCUUUAUCCCUUCAAUUGAAAAUAUGUUUGUCAUUUUCCAAGAGGACAAUGCAUCAUGCCACAGAGAUAAAACUGUUAAAGCAUUCCUUGGAGAAAGACUCAUCCAGUCGAUGCCAUGGCCUGCAAAUAGCCCAGAUCUCAACCCUAUUGAUAACCUGUGGUGGAAAUAGAAAAAAAUGGUCCACAGCAAGGCUCCGACAUGCAAGGCUGAUCUGGCAACUGCAAUCAAAGAGAGUUGGCACCAAAUUGAUGAAGAAUACUCAUCAAGUCCAUGCCUCAGCGACUGCAAAUUGUCAUAAAAGCCGGAGGUGGUGCUACAAAAUACAAGAGGUGUGUUUUGACUGUUAUUUCUUUGUUUGUCUCUAAUAAUUCCAUUUUUUUUUCUCCUCAGAAUGGAUUGAUUCCAUAUAAUUUUACCUGUACUUGCGCUAUAAAAUUAACAUUUACUGACCACCACAAUGUUUUUUUUAAUCAUUUCUUUUAGCGUUUCUGAAUGCUAAAGAGUUGCACUUUUGAACUUCUGGUAAUUCAUUAUUUUUUCAAGCUUUUCAUCCGAGUUUGUUCUACAUUAUAAAAUGUCUGAAUGAGUGCUUCUUUUAAAACAUUGACACCUUUUUAAAACGAUAUCUCGAUUCUUGGCAGGAGCAUAUCGAUAACCUUUUGGGAUACAUAUCAUCACGAUAUAUCACCAUUUCGAUAUUUUGUCACACUCCUACUAUCCAUAAUCUUUUGAGAUUUUCAAAGCAGAGAUUUUGUUUGCUACCAGGUGGCAGAAUUUCCACCCAAAAAAAUAUGGCUGCUUUGUGCUUGUACUACCACCAUGGGCAACAAAUAAAUCAUUAUCGAUUUCAAUAUUUAGAUGGGACUUUUAUAUUUUAUAUCAAUAUCAAUUUCUGACAUUACGCUCAUUACCAUUUCAAAACCCGACAUGCAAUUGACACAGGUUAAAUAUACAACCACGUGCACAAAUUCACUUUUGCACACAUGCACUUACACGUAAAGUGUCUAAAGACGCACGCACGCUCCUAAACGCACUCUUUAACACAUACAUAUGCAAACACAAAGUACACACAAGCACUCACGUUGAUUAUUUUUGCGAACAUGCAUUCAGGUGUCAAUCGUGACCUCAACUAAUAAAAAAAAUGCCAUACCUCCGAUCACGUGACGUAAUCAUGGCCAGCAGCAGCAGGACCUCCGCUUGAUAGUCGAUGAGUGACGUCACCGAGAAGCGGUUGAAAGUCAAAUAGGAAACUUUUCCCAUCCCGGAAAUCUUCCAGCUGCGAGUUCCUGCUAGGUGCUGCGUUCGGAGACGCUCGGAAGUGAGAAACUUUCAAGAUAACGUCAUGUUAACUGCAGCCAAAUAAGAUCUCUUCGAAGACAUAUUAACAGCAUGUUGGUUGCUGCACUAAAAAAAAAAUUCACAUGGUGAACGAUCAUCUUCCCGAAUGAGUACAGUGACGGGUUCACUAACAUUUUGGAGGGGCCGUGAACGUCUCACCCUCAUCAGAGGACCUGCUGUCAGUCGAACCGGCGGCAGAAAGAAAAAGACAACGGGACCAAUGAAUGAUGGGAAGCGGCGACAGCAAGCUUCACUUCAGGAAGGCUGUCAUCCAGCUUACCAGCACUACUCAGCCCGUGGAAGCGUCGGACGACGCCUUCUGGGAGCAGUUCUGGGCCCACCCGUCCACCUCCAUCCAGGACAUCUUCGCCUUGGUUCCGGCGGCCGAGAUCCGAGCGCUGAGGGAGGAGUCUCCGUCUAACCUGGCGACCUUAUGCUGCAAGGCCGUGGAAAGGUUGUCCCACGCGGCAGUCCGCGGUUGCCCAUCAGAGCGGGAGCGUGCCGCCGCCCUGAACUGCACCCGUCUGCUGACCCGCGUCCUGCCGUUCAUCUACGAGGACGCCGACUGGCGUGGAUUCUUCUGGGCCGGCCUCCCCGGCGCCCUCAACCAGCGUCACCCUGACGACGGAGGCGACGACUCCGACUCGGACGGGGGUCGCCCCCUGGCCGAGACGCUCCUUCUCGCCAUUGCCGACCUCCUCUUCUGUCCGGACGUGACCGUCCAUAGCAGUGGAGACGGCGGACAGGCAAUUGGCGCAGAUGCCAUCGACAGUUGCGAGUUGAUCUGGGAGGCCGGCGUGGGUUUCGCCCAAUCGCCUGCGCUCAAUUCGACCCACGACAGCAACAGGAUGGAGCUUCUUAAACUGCUGCUGACGUGCUUCUCUGAGGUUCUUUACCUCUCCCCCGCCGAAAGCCAACACAACCCCUGGGUACUCUUCUUCUGCUCCGCCGCCAACAGACAUGCCCUCCCUUUGUUCACAUCUCUGCUUAACGUGGUUUGUGCCUACAAUCCCUCGGGGCGGGGCAUCCCGUAUGACCACCUGCUGUUCUCGGACCGGCGCCGGGUCCUGGUGGAACAAGCGCUUCAGGUGCUUGUCGUGGCCCUGGAGCAGCGACGGCCUCCAGAGACCGAGUUGGCGUCCAACCAAGACACAGACUCUGGUGAACCCGAGAACCAGUUUGUGAAUUUCCUGUCCAGAAUCCACCGAGAAGAGGAUUUGAGCUUCAUCCUGAAAGGAAUGAGUCGUCUCCUCAACAACCCUCUGGUGCAGACAUACCUGCCAAACUCCAGCCAGAAGAUCGGCUUCCACCAGGAGCUCCUGGUCCUUUUCUGGAAGAUCUGCCAUUUCAAUAAGAAGUUCCUCUUCCUGGUGCUGAAGAGUAGCCAUGUUCUGAACAUUCUGGUGCCCGUCCUCUUCUUCCUCAACGAGGCUCGCUCUGACCCGGCCGCCGUGGGCCUUGUCCACACGGGAGUUUUCAUCCUGCUCCUGCUAAGCGGAGAGAGGAACUUUGGCGUGCGCCUCAACAAACCUUUAACGCUGCGUGUCCCCAUGGAUGUCCCAGUCUUCAGCGGGACGCACGCCGACCUGCUGCUGGUGAUUGUCCACAGGGUCAUGACCGGUGGACAUCGACGACUGCAGCCGCUUUUUGACUCUCUGCUCACCGUCAUCGUGAAUGUUUCUCCGUAUCUGAAGAGUUUGUCCAUGGUUUCGGCCAACAAGCUUCUGCACCUUCUGGAGAUUUUCUCCCGGCCGUGCUUCCUGUUCUCGGCCCCCCGCAACCACCAGCUGGUCUUCUUCCUGCUGGAGGCUUUCAACAACAUCGUCCAGUAUCAGUUUGACGGUAACAGCAACCUGGUCUACUCCCUGAUCCGGAGAAGGAACCUGUUCCAUCAGUUGGCCAACCUGCAGGCCGAUUCAGCAUCCAUUCAAAAGGCACUUUUGCACAAGAAGAAGAAAAAGAGGAUGGAUGGUGCCGAAUCCCCGGAGGGUGAGCCGACUCGGACCAGCCCUUCUUUGGGGAUCCGCGACUUCGAGAAAACUCAAAUGGAUCAGGACGUUUCGGACCGCUCGGGGGCUUCCGCCGACAGCAGUGCCGUGGGCGGGGCCAGUGACACAGAGUCCAACUCGGAGCGGGACCGCAAGAACACUCAGACAGAGAGCGAAGCCGGCACUCAACUUCCAGUCGACUCGUCAGCACCUUGGACCGCCACGCCUGACUGGGUGCUGUCUUGGAAGUCCAAACUUCCCCUGCAGACCAUCAUGCGACUUCUUCAAGUUCUCGUCCCUCAAGUGGAAAAAAUCUGUAUUGACAAGGGUCUGACGGACGAACGGGAAAUUCUGAAGUUCCUCCAGCACGGCACUUUGGUGGGUCUCCUGCCGGUGCCUCAUCCCAUCCUGAUCCGCAAGUCCCAAGCCAGCGCCGCCACGAACUCAUGGUUCCGCACGUACGCGUGGGGUGUGGUCUACUUGCGCAACCUGGAUCCGCCCAUCUGGUACGACACGGACAUUCGACUCUUUGAGAUCCAGAGGAUUUAAAGCGGUUUCCGGGAGGAUGACAUGUUCAUUCUUGACUGCAUGCAGCAAUUUUCUCUUUCAAUAAAAUAAAUAGCAAAAUG